AAAUUCGAGUGUCAACACAAAGAAACCAACCAUUAAAGCUGGACCACACACUUGACAAUUCAAGUCAUACCACAACAUUUUCUUUGCUCCCCAAGUUGCUUCAAUCUUUAGGAGGUGUGUGAGCGUGACGUACAAUGGCAGACGAGGUGGUUCUGCUGGAUUUCUGGCCCAGCGUGUUUGGGAUGAGGGUCAGGAUCGCAUUGGCUGAGAAGGGGAUCGAGUACGAGUACAAGGACGACGACUUGAGGAACAAGAGCGAUCUACUUCUCAAGAUGAACCCGGUUCACAAGAAGAUCCCAGUUCUCAUCCACAACGGAAAACCGGUUUGUGAGUCCCUCAUCAUCGUUCAGUACAUAGACGAGGUCUGGAACGAAAAGUCUCCGUUGCUUCCCUCCGAUCCUUACCAGAGAGCUCACGCCAGGUUCUGGGCUGAUUUUGUUGAUCAGAAGGUGCAGGGUGCUGGAAAGAAGUUAUAUACCACAAAAGGAGAAGAGCAUGAGGCAGCAAAGAAGGAUUUCUUGGAAAUAUACAAGACAUUGGAGGGAGAGCUUGGCGACAAGCCUUACUUUGAGGGUGAGACAUUUGGGUUUGUCGACAUUGCUCUCAUCACUUUCUACAGCUGGUUCUGUGUGUAUGAAACUUUAGGAAAAUUGAGCAUGGUGGCGGAGUGCCCCAAGAUUAUUGCAUGGGCUAAGAGAUGCAUGCAGAAGAAGAGUGUCGCCAAGGCUCUUCCCGACCAGAAGAAGAUUUACAAGUUUCUCUUAGAGUGGUAUGGACUAGUGUAAUGGUCCGGCCAGAGUUACAGAAUAUCGAAGUGCUUUGCUUAUAUAUAUUAGCAUGGUUUUGAACUUUGUUGGAUUGUUUUGGUCAUGUAUUACGUAUCUUAUCAUUGAAUACGUCGUUGUUUGCUAAGUGUUUGAUGAAACUACGUACGCGUUUCUACCAUAGGAAAAAGAAAGACACAAAAGACUGUGUUAAUGACUUAAUGUGUUUUAGGAUGUUUUUUACUUUAAAAAGUGUUCUCAUAAAAAUUGUUUUUUAUAUUUUA